AUGCCGACUUCUUACUACUCAUUAGCGGCCAAAUGGCUCAUCCAAACAUUAUUCGUCUUUCUUCCAUUCGUCGCCUUUUUUGUCCUCCUCUCUAAACCCGGUCGAAGGCCAUCGUUUUAUUAUCGCUCUGUAGCGAUUCUCGUGUUGGGAGAUAUAGGUCGUAGUCCACGAAUGAUGUAUCAUUCCGAAAGCUUUGCUGGACAUGCUUUCGAAACGUUCGUCAUUGGAUAUAAAGAGACGGAACCUCCUGCGUCGUUGCGCUCUCUACCCAAAGUCCGCUUUCUCGGACUUGCUCAAUUCCCAAAGUUCAUUUCGUCCCUACCGCGAUCAUUCUUCGUCAUUGUUGCACCUCUGAAAGUCCUUUUUCAAAUCAUUGUUGUCGUUCAUGCAUUAUUCUUCCGAUUGCCAUAUACACCUCAAUACAUCAUCGUUCAAAAUCCUCCGACGAUUCCUACAUUAGCUAUCGUCCAAUGUUUCGUCUCUUUACGCAAUUGUAGACUUAUCAUCGAUUGGCACAACCUUGGAUAUAGUAUUCUCUCUAUUAGGCUGGGGAAGGAGAGUAAACUCGUAAAGAUUGCCGAAUGGUUCGAGAGAACGUUCGGGCGGAGUGCAUAUGCACACUUGUUUGUUACAAAAGCGAUGCGAGAUUCCUUAGUUGAGGGGUGGGGUUUACGAGGGCACACUGCUGUCCUGCAUGAUCGUCCGCCAGCCCAUUUCCACCCCGCUUCGCCUGCUGAAAUGCAUGAGGCAAGUUACCCACAGUUGUCAUAUAAGGGCUUAUUCCCACUAUUCCUCUCUCGAUUUUGUUUGCUAGCUAAUAACCAAAUUCCCUCAUCUCCAACCCCCAAUAUUGACCACUUUCUUCCCACCCUAUUCCCUCCCAACUCGCAAAUAACCGCAUCAGGAAAAACAAUACCAACUUCCUCACUAUUUGUCUCUCCAUCGUCGUCAUUCACAUCUUCCGAUGCGUUGGCUGCUUUAAGAGAGGACAGACCUGCGCUUGUUGUGACGUCUACUUCUUGGACGGCCGACGAGGAUUUUGAUUUGCUGAUUGAGGCGUUGAGGAGUUAUGAGGGUGUUGCGAGGGAAGUGAAUGCUGGGACUGAUCGAAGGGAGGAGGAGCCUGAGGAGGACCGGGAAGAGGCAAAUGGAGAGGAAGGUUUGGGAAAGGAGAAGGAGAGAGGAGAAAAAAGGAGUGGGAAGUUGCCGAAGUUGUUGAUGCUUGUGACAGGGAAAGGGGAGAACAGGGAUAAGUAUAUGGAGAAGAUUAUCAGACUGGAAAUAGAGGAGAAGUGGGAGUGGGUGAGGUGUAGGAGCGUUUGGUUGAGCAGCGGGGCAUAUCCGAUUUUACUUGGUUCCGCGGAUCUUGGAAUUUCGUUGCACAGCAGCUCAUCGGGAUUGGAUUUACCUAUGAAAGUAGUUGACAUGUUUGGAUGUGGCUUGCCGGUAUGCGCGCUUCAUUUUGAAUGCCUUGAUGAACUGGUAAGAGACGGAGUGAAUGGAGUCGUGUUCCGCACUGCCUCCGAGUUGGCGGGUCAUUUACAGCGUCUCUUGCUCUCCUUUCCGAACGGUAAAGAACUUGAGAAUUUGCGGACGUCUCUUCGGGAGAGUAUUACCCGGUUCACCCGAUAUCCUAGUGCUCACCACCCGGACCCUUCAUUUUCAUGGGGGACUUGGACGGAGAACUGGGACCGGAUUGUGCGGCCAUUGGUUGUGGCGGAUGCCCAACACCGAUAA